GAGAGAGAGAAGGUAGGAGGGAAAAAGGAUGUUUAUUAACAUUCGCUCAAUUCAUCUAAUACUACAUAUGUAUCUGUAAAACUACAGCAGUCUGUAGAAAUAUUCACACGCAGAAAAGCUUCAAUAACAAAUCUUAGGGGUCUGAAGAUGGUGCUGUUACAUGGACUAUUUACUGUUCUGCUGCUGCAGCACUUUGGGUUCCUUCUUAAUGCUCAACCUGAAACUGUGAGCUGUCCAGCACUGGCUGGAGUCCCCGGAUCUCCUGGACACAACGGCCUUGCUGGAAGAGAUGGUAGAGACGGAAAUACAGGCCCUAGAGGAGACAAGGGAGAGCAGGGCCCAGCAGGACCACCAGGAGAGAAAGGAGAGCCAGAUUUCCUGAGUUCAGUUCUACAGCAAGAAGUAAACAAGCUCAAACACCAAGUCGAAAGGCUGAUGAAAGACAUCAAGCCCAAAGUGGCGUUCUCAGCGUCUGGCCCUGCAAAUGUCGGACCAUACUUGGAACGUGUGACUCUGGUAUAUAGAAAAGCUUUGAUGAACAUCGGCAAAGGUUAUGACCCAAAAACAGGUAUCUUCACAGCACCUGUUAAAGGAGUUUACUACUUCAUUUUUGUCGUCUUCAACGCAAACGACCUGUCGACUGGCGUGGCUCUGAUGAAGAAUGGAAAAAACAUAGUUUUUGCCACUGAUAAUGAGCCUGGCUCUGACACCGAGGACACAACAACUAACUCGGUCUCACUGCUGCUGGAGGAAGGAGACCAGGUCUACCUGGAGUUGAUGGAGACCCGAAAGAUCUACACAGACUCAAACAGACGCAACACGUUCAGUGGCCAUCUCCUCUUCACCAUGUAAACAUCCUGAUGGUGACGGAGAGCCACCAUCACCAUGUAAACAUCCUGAUGGUGACAGAGAGCCACUUCUUCUGGUCAUUCCUGGCUUUAAAUAUUAGAAAUCCACACACUGAGUGGCGUUAGUGUG